UUUUUCCCAUUUCUGUUUCAUCUCAUCCCCCUCCUGUACAGAAGAGAGGACAGAGGAGGGGGUGUGAGAGGGGUAAACAUAGACCCCCUCAAGUCUAGCAACUACCGAAAAGGGGGAGCAAGGUAGAAAAGGGGAGAUCCCAAUUUGCUACCUAGAUCACUCUCCCUCCCCCAUCACCCUGGUUUACAGAAGCCAUGAACAAAAUGCAGAUGAUGGAAUAGGCAUGAAAAAGGAGGAAAAUAGAGGCUGAAGAAAAGCAAAAUCCACCCAUCUGGAUUCGAAUUGUGGAUUCUCAUGUUUUUUCUGCUACAAGGAAAAAAGAGGAUUAGCCUCGACCACUGCUCUCCCCCUAUUAUCCUUUGCCUUCUCUCACAAUUUGGAGUGGAUACAUAUACUCCCUUUUUUAAUAAAAGAAGGAUUCAUCCUAUUUUUUUUAGAUUUGGCUUUUGCACUGAUUUUUUAUUGAGGGGGUGACAGGAAUUUUAAGCCUUCCCCCACCCCCGUCCCUUUCCCCCUCCAUCCAAAACCCCUCUCCACUCCAUGGUCCAGGUGGAAAUGUUGAGUUUGGGGAGAGAGAGCUGGAUUGGAGCAAUUCUCUCAGCUUUGGCUACCCUCCUGCUAGUCUGUUCUGCACAAAGCCCUCAUUCUGGGAAUAUCUCAGUCGUGAAGAAAACAGUGGACAAGUUGUUAAAAGGAUAUGACAUUCGCCUGCGUCCAGACUUUGGAGGACCUCCAGUCACUGUGGGGAUGAGUAUACAUAUAUCCAGCAUUGACCAAAUAUCUGAGGUCAAUAUGGACUACACCAUCACAAUGUAUUUCCAACAGAGUUGGCGUGAUAAGCGAUUGGCUUAUACUGCUCUUCCUCUCAACCUCACCUUGGAUAACCGAGUGGCUGAUCAGCUCUGGCUUCCAGAUACAUACUUUUUGAAUGAUAAAAAGUCCUUUCUGCAUGGUGUAACAGUCAAGAACCGGAUGAUCCGACUGCACCCAGAUGGCACUGUUCUCUAUGGACUAAGAAUUACAACCACUGCUGCCUGCAUGAUGGAUCUGCGCAGAUACCCUCUGGACCAGCAGAAUUGUACCUUAGAGAUAGAGAGCUAUGGAUACACAACAGAUGACAUUGAAUUCUUCUGGCAAGGAGGAGAAGAGGCAGCUGUGACUGGGGUACCUGCUCUGGAAUUGCCACAGUUUUCUAUCAUUGAAACCAGACUGGUUACUAAGAAAGUUGUAUUUACAACAGGUUCCUAUCCUCGUCUGUCUCUGAGUUUCCGAAUUAAGAGAAACAUUGGAUAUUUUAUACUUCAGACCUACAUGCCAUCUAUACUGAUCACUAUUCUAUCUUGGGUUUCAUUCUGGAUUAACUAUGAUGCAUCUGCAGCAAGAGUGGCACUCGGAGUGACUACUGUGCUCACUAUGACCACAAUUAAUACACAUCUAAGGGAAACCCUGCCUAAAAUUCCAUAUGUUAAGGCUAUUGAUGUAUAUCUUAUGGGAUGCUUCGUGUUUGUUUUUCUGGCCCUAUUGGAAUAUGCAUUUGUUAAUUAUGUAUUCUUUGGUCGGGGCCCACAACAGCAGAAAAAACUUAACGAGAGAACAAGCAAAUCAAAUAAUGAACGCCAUCGCUAUGAGGAAAGAAGAGUAAGAGAACAGGUUGAUCCUUAUGGAAACAUUCUUCUCAGCACUCUUGACAUGAGCAGUGAGUUGAUGUCAGCUGAGAUGGGAAGUAGCAUUGGUGAUUCCCGGAACUCCGUCCUGUCAUAUGACACCUCAGGGAUCCAGUUCCGCAAACAGCUUACAUCAAGAGGGGACAGUUUUGGUCACACUCCGCUGGAGCGUCAUGUUCCCCUAACAGCCACACGUGGACGUGCCAACUGCCGCCUUCGGCGACGUUCCUCUAAGUUAAAGCUUAAGAUCCCAGACCUUACAGAUGUCAGUACCAUCGACAAAUGGUCCAGAAUCAUUUUCCCCAUCACUUUUGGAUUUUUUAACUUGGUUUACUGGAUGUACUAUGUCAACUGAAGAAUCUCCAUUACCCUUCACCCUAAGCUGUGCACACCCUUCCUACCACAGGACACAAGCUUCACCUAAGUCUCUCACCCUCUCUUGCUUCACAGUUUGAUAUUUGGCCCAGAGAAAGAAGCAGAAGCUGAAGAUUUUGAAGAGGGGGAAGAAUUGCACUUUUUGUCACACAUUUUUUUCACCAAAUUUCCAAUUUAUUUAUUUUUUGCCUGGUAAUUGAUUAAGGCUGGGUACUGUGCAUCAUAAUGGAUGUUAUAAUGAAGAAACCUUUUUUUCUUGGGACUUAGAUAAUUAAGGUAACAAAAAAAAAAAAUUAUAAGCAAGGCAUUUCCAACAAGGGGAAUGUAAAGGUAGUACAGGGUUAGAAUGAGAAUACCGGUAAUUGUUUUCUCUCUUAUGCAGUUUUAACUUCAUUUUGCUAUAUAUUGUGAGGCUAUAAAGGCACAGAAAAGUUUGUACAUGCAUGCAGACAACAACUCUGUAGAACAGAAUAUCUCCAAUUGCUAACUUGAGCUGCACCUAACUGCUCCUAUUGAGCACUUUGACUAAAAAUACUUAUUUUUAAAUGGUUUAGGAGGAAAAAGCCAAACAUAUUUCUCAAUAAAAGAGAAUGGCAAAGCUAAAAAGUAAAUGGUUCUGGACUACAACACUGUCAUAAAAAGGAAUUAUGAAAAGAAGUGAAUAUUGCACAUUUUAAUUCAAUGUUUACAGUAUUUGAUAAAAAAAAUUGUUUCUAAAAAAAAUAGUUUAAAGUUAAAUGUGCAAGUUACUAUUAUUUAGUAUUAGAAAUUAUCAGAGUAUUAGAAGAACCUAAAUGAGGCCAAACUGUAUCUGAUAAAAAAGUAUGUUUAUACAUUAAGUCAUUACUGAAGAUCUAUCAGAUGGACCAAGAGUGCCAAAAAUGAUGCCUAAGUGUUACGCAACUAUUUUAUGGUUCUGGACCUGUUGUGAGAACUCCCUGCCAAAAAUAUAAAUGUUGUAUAGUGUUGUGUGAAUUAUGAACAGAAAAUGAUCAUACUCAUGUUUUAAUGUGCACAGGAAAGCAUAGGCCCACGACACACAUGCCUGUUUCAAACAUAUUAACUAUAAAAUGUGCUAAGAAUAUUGGCUGCUAUGUAAGUUUCUAUGCUAAAUGACCCCUGAUUUCUCUAGAAUUUAAUUGAUAGUUAGGUAAGUUCUAGUAUAUACUAAAAUACAUGUAUUCACAAACAAAUGAAGUGCCAAGUGACAUAUAUACUGGGGGCCAUUUAUUAAAUCUAUGCCAGUAAUGUGAUGCAAAAUAUGUUGGAUACAAGGUGCAACAGGUUUAUUAUUGUAAAUAUGUUUAUUCUCUAUUUUGCAAUUGGUGCAUCUUUGAGCUUAUUGUUGAAAGGGGGCAUGGCUUCUCAGGGCGCAUGGCUUUGAAGCAUUUGUCAGAAAAUUGAUGCCCCGAAGGCCUGCAGAUUUCAUCACCAAAAGCUUGAAGGUUUUGUAUUGGAACAUUUAAUACAGUAUGGUGAUGUGACAUUUAUAUUAAUAUUAUGGGAGGAAGAGGCCUAUUUCUGUUUCUGCAUUGCUCAGUUUAAUAAAUGACCCCCACUGGCUCAGGGACAUGAGCAGUGCCAAAACUACUAAAGAAAUAGAACUUUUAUAAAUAGUAUUAAAACUGUGAGGCUAUCCCUCCAAAUAGCACUGUCUCAAGAAGUUAAAAUAAGGAGCCAUGCCUAAAAAAAACUUGAAUGUUAGUGGUAUAUUAUACUAGAGUAUUUCAUAUCUAUCAGUUUUUCAUAGGUAUAAGGACUUAGAAGAGGAUAUGCUCAUGAAGCUUUUAAAAUCAUAUAGGGGUCUUUGCAUAAAGGUGAAACUAGGUCCAUUGUGGGGCAAACUAAUUGUGCCAUAUCAAGAACAACAAAUCUCUUUUUCAUAUCUUCUGUGAAACUUUUUUUGUCAUGUGGAGCAAAGAUUCUGCUUUGAAUUGUCUAUGAACAGCAAACAGAAAACCGUUUUAUUAGAGUAUCUUAAUUUGUCACAAAAUCUUUUGUCAUAAAACAUGUUUGUUGACAUGUAAAAUACAAUAUUAUGUAUCGUUCCUACUCUUGCAGACUUUCUUUAUGGAAGAUUUUGUUUUAGGAUCUUGCAGGCAAAUUUAACGUUUCUUCUGGUCUCAAUAUUUUUGCAAUUAUUUUACUGUUAUGCAUGGCUCAAGUUGAAUUACCCAAUGAAGUCAUAACCACUCUGAAGCAUGUAUUUUCUAGAACAGCUGGUAAAAGUGAAAUAAGCCACAGUGGUUCUAAAGUUUUCCAAGGGCCUCACUGAUUACAUUUUUGCAAUGAAAACUGUAGAAGAUAUUCUUUAAAAAGUAACACUAUCUUCUAUAGAUUUUAAAUAAAUUCUACAUGCUGCACUAAAACACAAACUAUGGUUAAAUGCAUUAUAUCAGUUCUCCCAUAUAGAUUUUAUUUUGGGUCCACAUCUAUCCAUCCAUACAUCUAUAGGUGAAGGGUAUCUCCCAGUGAAAAAAAAAAGCCCUAUAAUCACAGAAAGAUAGACCUGAAGCAUUUUUAUAAGCCAUUAAGGGUUAAAAGAUAUUUUGAGGGACACUUACAUAAGGAAACUUUUGUGAAGUUUACAGUAUAUCAAAAUGUUUUGUCUUGUUAAGUAGUACAAUAUGGAUUUGCAUAGUAAGAACACUACUUGAUGGUUUCAGCCUUCCUCAGAACUCAGUCAGAGUCGGCCUAGUAUGUCUGUACUUGACUGUCUGUAUUCUAGAUGUAACACCCGAACCCCCUUUCAUUCUGUUGAAUCUCAUGGCACUAUACAGUAGUCCUCUAUGUUCCAUUAAGUUUCGGUAAGUAAAAGUAUGGGGGGAGGGUCUAUGUCCAGAAUGCAGAUGAUUUAAAUUGAGUAGCAUAUUCCUUCCUAACUGAGAUCUACGGCUAGGUUUAUAUCUGCAUUGGAGCUCCAUUUGGUGGGCUUCGUCCCAGAUUCGAUUUUGUUAACAGGAUUUGACUGAACAAAAAAACACUGCAAAGUCUUGCUUAAUAAAUGGUCACCAGACGAAAAUCCAAUAGACCCCAUUAAAGCCAAGAUCAUUGGUGUCUGUUGUGUAACAGACUGUCUGCAGCUGAGCCUCCAGCAUAGAUGGGAACAUCAUCUUAGAUUAAAGUUACUUCACAUACAGUGUACCUGAGCUAACAUGUCAUCUUCAUCAGUCUUUUAAUACAUUUUAAGUUAUAUUAUAUAUCUACAUUUAAAGAAAUCAAUAUACCUUAUUAUUAUUUAUUAUUAAUAAUAAUAGUAAUACAUGAAGAGCAUUUUUCUUAUUUUCGUGAUUUUUUAAAGCAAGUAUAAAAGGGCUUUUCACUGUUAAAACAACUAAAAUGUAACAUUAAUAGUUUUGUUGAACUGAAGUAUGACUUUUGGUAACACAAAAUCUACUUUUUUUGUAAUAUGCUUAUGAGCUCCAAGUUUUCACUGGGCAGGCCCAAUCACCACAAGGGCCCAAUCCUUCCCUUUUCUCCCCAAUCAUAGCCUUGUACCUUCCUCUUUUAUUUGAUUGGAUCAGAGAAAGAAAAAUGGAACCUUUGUCUGGGCGCUGUCCCUCCUGAAGGAGGAGAUACCCUCCAAAACGCGUUAUUGGAAGUUCGUUUAAUAAAUAUAGUGCCUUCUGGCACUUUUUCUCCCUGCACAAUUGUGUCUGAUUACCCCGGAUAGGCAAACAGCGCCCAGACAAAGGUUCCAUUUUUCUCUCUCUGAUCCUUCUUGAUUGUACGGGUGAAGAUCUUAUCCUCUCCUGUUGGACGCUGGGCUGUGCAGUUCGCUUCUGCCUUUAUGCUAAGUAACUCUAAGAGGUGAUAUGCCUGUUUCCACUCAUAUCUGGUGAGCAGCCAUUUUAUAGAUACGUCGCUCUCCCUGUCCCUGUUUGGGACAUUGGUACCCUGGAUAAGGGUGCAGUCCUCUCCCCCCUUUUUCUCUGUUUUAUUUGAUUGACAGCCCCUAAGCUGUCUAAGGUCACUCUGUGCAGUUUAUCUUUUUUGGAUCUACUGCAUUAGAUAGCCUAGGGGGUGUGAAUCAAAAGAAUGGAGGACCCAUUGGAGUAAAAUAGGGAAGGAAGUGGGCACUUGCAGCAAUCAGGACCACCAAAUGUACACUUCUUGCUUAAUGGCAUAUUACAAGUAGAUUUUCAUGCAUUCGGCCAUUAACUCAACAAUGGUAAUAAUGUUAAUGUGUUUUAAACCAACACUGUUGUUGGCUUCACAAUGAAAACCCCUCUUACAGACUUCAUUUUCCCUUUAAAGAAGGACAUAGCUUAAUUAUUUUCCCAUCUUGGAUAGUUUAAUUAAAAACUCCCAUGAAGAUCAUCUUUUGCUAGUAAAAAAAACAAUUUGCUGUGAUGAUAACAUAUUCUUUAUGAGAAUGCCUACAUUAAACCACAAUCCACUUUAAAAAUAAUUAACUGUGCAAAAUACAGUUUGAAAAGGUAGUAGCCAUGUUCACACUAUGUUUUACCUGUAUAUUAGGCAUUUACCUCUAAUUUGCCAGAUGUAUGCUCCAAGUGUAUUAUUUUCAUUUUAUAUUGCCUAAAUGAUGUUGAAAAGCAUAGUGGACUUUGGUUUAAAGACAAACAUACUUUAAGACUUUUUUUUGUUCAUACUGACAUAUGCAGACAUAUGAUGACAUAUUUAAGGCCUAUGUUUUAUUUGGUCCUGACAACGAUUAUGCCUGGACAUAAUAAACCUAGCUUUAGGUAAAAUCAUUUUUGCCAAUCAAUUUGAUUCUAUAAACCAUUAUACAGAAAAAGCUAUUUUUUUUCAUUCAUAUAUAGUAUCCUUCCAUAUCAGUUACUACUUCUUAUUAAGAUCAGUUUAUACAUUUUUCAAAACCAUAUCAUCGUCUAAAAGAGAUAUAGAAACAAAAUCAAAUUUUACACAUUGCCCUCUUCUGCAAUAGUUCUGUAGCUUUGGAAAACCUAAAGUACGUAAACAGAUGCAUUAAAUAAGGCAAAAAGAUCCCUCCAACCAUAGUCAGGAGUUCACAAAUAGUCACAAUUAGUAGGGUUAUGUAUAUUUGAUUGUCACAUGUGACUUUUGUUAGGACCUUUAUGUUUUUGACAUUCCCCUCUCUGGUAUAUUUACUGUACAGUAAAUGUAUAUAUUUAUUGUUUAAAAGUAAGAUUCAAUGACUGAACUGACCUCUUUAAUAUACAUACAUACACACACACACACACACACACACACACACACACAUAUAUAUAUAUAUAUAUAUAUAUAUAUAUAUAUAUAUAUAUAUACAUAUAUAUUGAUAGAUAUAUUAAAUAAAAAGACGGGGAGACUGUGAACACAACACAUUAGCAGCACUUUUUCCACAGGGAAGUGUGUUCACUCUAUUUUACUUGCCUUUUACAUACCAUGAGUAGUGAAUUCCAAUAGAAGCACCAGAAUAUAAUAUAUAAUUGUGUAGUAAAACCCUUUCUUCAGUGUUGCAGUGCUGUGUCCCCUACAUAAAAAAAAGUUACAAACUAAAGACUACAUGAUAUUUCUAGUUUGCCCUACAAGACCUGCCCUGUAUAGGCAUCACUGUACAUAAGCACAUUACUAAACUGUACAUAUAAAUUGCAGCACAGGAGUUGUUUGCAUUAUCAGUCUCCUUUUAUGCAACUGUGUUUGUUUUAAGUCACUAUUUGAUGAGUGAUUUCAAUGCAUAAACAUAUGCAGCAAGUUGUUAUGCUCCGCCUAGUAGUGACUGUAGAUAUCUAGAUUUUUUCAUUUAACUACAUGUUAUUCAGAGACAUUUAAUUAAUCAAAUCUAAACAUUGGCCACAAUAAAUAUAAAGCUAACAAAAAUAUAGAAAAGAUUUUGAGAGACAAAUUUACCAAAGACCAGCAUUUUACACACCAGGCAAAUGUGUGCUAGAGUAAGUUGCUACUAGUUACUAGUUAAUAAGGGUCAAACAUGCAUGAUUGGGAUGUCUUACAGUUGCAUUGUAGUUUGUCCCUGCAGAAUGUCAAUUUUAAAUAGUAAUUGCAUUGUAUUAAAAACUGCAAUGCAACCUGAUAUUACUAGUGUAUUUGUACCCUAAGAUACAGAUGCCUCUUAAUAAAUUUGUCACAUCUAUGGCUUUCUAUGUGUCACCGACUAAAAUCCAUUCCAGCUAGAAGCUAGUUUUCUUGUGUGAAUUAUAGUAAAUUUUUCAGACCACCCGCUCACUUUAUAAAAAGUGGCGAGCAUGCUGUAAAAACAGAGAUUGCACAAAAUGUAUGACUUUUUAUGAUUAAAAAAAGGGCAUAUUACUAAGUUGCCCCGUUAAUGUUCACAGAAGGACUUUAAAGAGUACCUGUCUUCAAGUAAAACUUUUGCUAUGUUAUUCCCUAUGUAAUGUUAUGCCUAUUUGCCAUAUAUCUUCAUAUAUAAAAAAUCAAUCAUUCCAUCAGUUUUUUUUACCUGUGAAAAAGUGGCCACUAGGGGUCUGUUCUGUAGCGUUCAGCAGGCCCUGCAUAACCCUACGGACUUGUGCCGGACUGGCACAAGUCUGAACUCUGGAAGUGCUGGUGGGGUGGGACAUGAGCACGGCUCUGCAUAUCUUUCAGAACACAGACAUAAUCAAUGCCCCCCUGCCUCUUGUCCCCGCCCCUCAGAUAAGCUGCCUGGCCAUCAGCGUUCACUGCAGCUCAGUGCAUAUUACAGAUGCUGUGCUUAUUUAGCUAAUCAAGACCAAUGACACAGACAAAAAAAACCUAAGACUUAGGGAGAGGGAAAUUUCUCAUAACAUGCCAGAACACCGCCAUGUACUGCCAAGGUCUAAAUAAUAGGACCGUAUGCUGUCUGCCAAUACAGCAAAACUAACAAAUACCUAAAGAGAAAAAGACUGUAGCAGACUAGAGUAAUGACAAAAAUUC